AUGGCCAUGAAGAAAAACCCAGAGAGAGAAGAAGGGCAAGAGCUCGAAAUACUAAAGGCAGUGGCACAGGCCUGGCAUGGUCACUCGGGCAACAUCGAACCCGCGAAGGAAUUCGAUGCAUACAGAAGCAGCUUCAAGAGCAGGCCCACCCGCUUCAAGCUCGAAGCUAUGAACAAGCUGGGCACGGCCAACAAGAGAGAAGAGGUUGGUGCCAAUUGGGAUUUUAGGCAGUCAUUGUGGGACUCGUACGAGAUAGUCACGUUGUCAAAGAAGCUAGAGGCAGGGCUUGGGUUGGAUCAUUUGGAUUGGGAUCAUGGAACCCAAAAGUGGAGUCAAGUUGGAAAGAAACGCAAGGAGAGUAAGAAUAGCCUUAGAAACUUGUUUAAUCAGAUGUCUUCGACAAGAUUUAAUGUGCAAAUCCCCAAUGAAGAUGACAUUCAAUUGUGA